AUGCAUCCAAAAUACCUCCUCCCCGCCCUAUUUCUCCCUCUCACCAUGGCCUGGUCUGCUAUCAGAGCCCCUCCUAGCCCUAUGCUACCGCCUGAACCCGAAAUUCGGUACGGUCCGGAAAAUGCCAAUCCAUUGGGCCAAGAGGAUUUGUUGAAACAUGUGGACGUUGAUAUGAACAUGCAUGUCAAUACGGUGGGGGAGUUUCUUGAGAGUGCUGGGGUGCCGAGGUGGAAGAUGGAAGGUGUAGUAAAUGAACUGAGGACUGGAAAGACUGGGAGGAGCAGGAGGAGUAGGAAGAGCAGGAGCAUUGGAAAGAGUGGUUAA